AUGGGCCGCCCCUCGCGACUUAAACCACGCUUUCCGCGGAUCAAGCCUUCGGACUACCUCGACCAUCCCGAUUGCCCGAAUCAAUACGCCACGAUGCCGCUGUACCUUGUCACUUUCGGAGGUACGAUCGUCGAUAAAGGAGGACGUAAGAGGCCGAGGAAGGCCAAGACAGAUAUGGAUGCCACUCCCACCACAUCUGCAACGUCAAACGUCGAAACGAGCACGAACCAACGCGUCCCUGUCGCCUCGACCUCAGUCUUCGCCAAUGACCUGAACUUCUCCUACGAUGAUUUCAACGAGGAUUAUCUCAGGGACUUCCCUCUUGCUCAGCAGGCCGAGUACGAAGACCUAGGGGGAAUGGAUCUUUCCAUGGAGCGCUGGGACCCACCCGACCCCGACUUACAACGCCCAACUCACCAGGAACUCGCACAGGAGGUUUUACCAACUCCCCGCGUCGCCGAUCCGCCGGUUGCCGCUAAGCAAGAAGGUUACUUCAAGUUUAUCACACUCGAGCACGAGCAGCGCGAGAGUCAGCGCGCUGCCCUUUGGGUCUCUAUCUUGAUUUACGCAUAG